AAUCAUUAAAGAGCAUGGUUACUAAAUUAAUAUUCAAUAAACAAUACCUAUCUGGGCAGGGACAUGGAAGAGUUAACGAGAGCAUGAAGUCUGCGCAUGAGCAUGAAGUCUGCACAUGCGCAUGAGCACGAAGUCACGCAUGAAGUCCACGCAUGCGCAUGGAGUCUGCGCAUGAGCACAAGGGGCUGGGCGUGGCCUCGCACCUGGUCGACCGGUGGAAGCCUUGGGUUCUCACGCACGCGUGCACGUGACGCCCAGCGGCACCUGCGUCUCCCGCUUUAACGGACUGCUUUCCUUUGGUACUGGUGCUUUCUUCUGGCCCUCUCCUCUCUCUGGAGCCCACACCUUUCUGUGGGGCUCGUGCCUCCUUCCCUCAGCCUUUUAUUUUUCCCACGGCCUUCCGGUCACCUAACGGCAGCCGAGUAGCAAAGACCACCACAGAGCUCUCGGCCAUGGCCUCAGACGAGGCUCUCUACAUCUCCACAGAAAACCUGGACAUUACCCCGGAUGUGGAGCUGGACCAGAUCUCUAUGGAUACCAUUCCCGUAGAGACUAUGUCCUUAGAUGCCUUCGAGGAGUACGAAGAUCUCAGUGGCAGUUGGAUCUAUGGAGGCCACAACCACCCGCCUCUGAUAGGGCUGCAGCCACUUAUCCUUAACAACGGGGACCCUGAUCAAGACUUGAUCAUGGUGCAGACACAAGAAGAAGUGGUGGGCUGCUAUGACUCUGACAACCCACAGGCCAACGACUUCGAGGACCAAAUGGUCAUCCCGCUUGGGGGUGAAGAUAACUACUUCCAACAGACCCUUGCUUCUUUGACAGCCUCUGCAUCAACAUCAAAACCAACCCGGAACAGGAAGUGCAGCAAGAAGGCCAGUAGCAAGAGUCAAACCAUCACACAGGCCAAGCUGAGAGGCAGCAGCUCCGACAUGGGCACCUGUAAGAAGUGGGAGCAGAAGCCGGUCCAGAUCAAAACCCUGGAGGGUGAGUUCUCUGUUACCAUGUGGUCUCCUACUGAUCAAAAAGACGAAGAGGCAGGGACUGAAAGACAAACCGAAAAUUCAUCUCCUGAUUAUUCCGAGUACAUGACUGGGAAGAAACUUCCUCCUGAGGGCAUACCUGGCAUGGACCUCUCCGAUCCCAAACAAUUGGCACAAUUUGCUAAAAUGAAGCCCAGAAAGCCCAAGGAAGAUGUUCCCAGAACAGUACCUUGCCCUCAUAAAGGCUGCGCCAAGAUGUUCCGAGAUAACUCCUCGAUGAGAAAACACAUGCACACCCAUGGCCCCAGAGUCCAUGUUUGCGCUGAAUGCGGCAAAGCUUUUGUGGAAAGCUCAAAAUUAAAACGACAUCAGCUAGUUCACACUGGAGAGAAGCCGUUUCAGUGUACAUUUGAAGGCUGCGGAAAACGCUUUUCCCUGGACUUUAAUCUGCGCACUCAUGUGCGAAUCCAUACGGGAGAUAGGCCCUACGUCUGCCCCUUCGAUGCUUGCAGUAAGAAGUUUGCGCAGUCGACUAAUCUGAAGUCGCACAUCCUAACUCACGCCAAGAACAAAAACGGCCAGUGAAAAGAGAGAAGACCCUUCUCAACUCGGGAAGUAUAUGCCAGCAGUUGCGGUUGAAAAUAAAUUUGCAUCUUCUUUGUGUGUUGUUUCUAGAAAAGAGUUUUUAAAAAUGAAUAAUACAUAUUUAAGGUUCACAUUUUGAUGGAAUAGUAAAAAUAAAAUUUUUAAACAGUAAGUCUUUGUAUAAGAUAAUGCUAAGAUGUUCUAUCUUGCUUUCUAGCAGUGUUUUUGUCAAGUUUGGUCCCAACAGGAGAAUAAUUUCUGAACUUUACAUCAAGAGACAGUUCUUUAUAUCACUAUGUUAAAAAUGGGACUUUCUCAUAGUCUUAGAAAUAUUAAAUUCACUUAUUUAAGUAAUUUAAAUUGUAUUUUCUAAAUGUUUGUUUCUACUUCUAGUAAUAUACUUAGUAAUUUGAUGUAUGGUUUUUCGGGGGGGGGUGAUAACUGCAAAACAUUUUCUUUAAAAGUACGAAGUUAUAUGCAUACAUGAAGUAUUUUUCUGCUAAAAAGUAACAGGGUUUUUUUGCUGUCUUAACAUGAAGUAUUUUUCUGCUAAAAAAGUUACACAGGUUUUUGCUAUCUUAACAUGACCUAGUCUGCUAAAAAUGUUACACAGGUUUUUGCUAUCUUAACAUAACAUUUUCUGCUAAAAUAAAUUACACAGGUUUUAUUUGCUGUCUUAACUUUGGUUUUGUUCUUGCAUGUUAACAUUAUGCAUAACUAUCUUUUGGCUGUAUUCAUUAUAUAGUAUUGAAUAUUGGAUGACUUAAAACUAUUACUUUAAACCUAUUUUAGUCAUUGUAUUGUCCUCAAAAUACUACCAAGUGCUAUUUUUUAAAUCUUUGCCUUUUCAGGUAGAAUAGUCUGAGUCUGCUAAAAUAAGUUACACAGAUUUUAUUUGCUGUCUUAACUUUGGUUGUGUUCUUGGAUGUUAACAUUUUGCAUAACUAUCUUUUGGCUGUAUUCAUUAUAUAGUAUUGAAUAUUGGAUGACUUAAAACUAUUACUUUAAACCUAUUUUAGUCAUUGUAUUGUCCUCAAAAUACUACCAAGUGCUUUUUUUAAAUCUUUGCCUUUCCAGGUAGAAUAGUCUGAGUUGUAGGCUAUGUUGUACAUCUACUGACUUUAAUAUUUGCUAUGUACAUUUUAUGUAAUGCAAAAAGCAAAAAUAAAAUAUGU